AUGGUCAAUGAACGAGAACCUCCAAGGCCUCCAUUCUAUUCUGACCAGAAUACCAAGAGAGACUCUCCAAAUCCAGUUGUACCCGAAUUUGGAAAGCCAUCUACCCUUGGACCGAACCGAGCAAACCCCCUUUACAUUCCUAAAGCAAAUAAGCCGCGUCUGGAGCACCACAGACCUGUGCCUAGUUCCAACCCGCCGCUGCCAAAUGGUGAUAAACGGCAGGCCGAUCCUUUCCGAGUAGUAAGACCGUCGUCGUCAUUUUCUGGCUAUAGAUCUUCCCACGUACCCCACGAUGCCGAUGUCGUCGAAAUCACACAGCCUACCAAUUCUAUCUGGACCACACAACCAACGAGCAAACCGUAUUUCUCUUCCAAGCCCAUAUCGAAACCCGUUAGCAAGUCCUCAAGUAAUCUUCAGAGCUUUAUAGACCUCACGACAAGUACUAUUGGAAAGUCAACCAACGCUUCUCACUUCGCCGACGACUCGAGAGCCAUCGAUGCUUAUUCGUAUUUAGACAGUGCGAAAGCAAAUGAGAAUAUCAAAGCUUUGCUUGAAGGUGCAUUCGAAGACGAAGAUGAUAAGCCUAGAACGAGAUUACGCAAAAAGAAACUUCAAUCUCAAGUUGAUGAAUUGACAGAGAAACUGGGUGGGGUAAAUGUCAAUGGAAAGGAUGAAAACGGUACAAAAGACAGCGUCAAAACAGAGGAGGAAGCAGAGGAGGAAGAAGAAGAAGAAGAAGAAGAUGACGGGGCGGUUGAAGGCCUCAAGGUUACACUAUUACCACAUCAGAUCGAGGGUGUUGCCUGGAUGAGAGAUAAAGAAACUGGGCUGACAAAGACCAGGGGAGUACUCCCAAAGGGUGGCAUUCUAGCGGAUGAUAUGGGUCUUGGGAAAACAAUACAAACAAUCGCAUUGAUGUUAACCAAUCCAAGUCCGCCUCCAAAAAGCUCCGAGGAAGAAAAGAAAAAAGAUACAAACAAGAUUCCACUCCAUGUUGGCAAGUCGACACUGAUUGUGGCUCCUGUAGCCCUGGUAAAGCAGUGGGAGUCCGAAAUCAAUACUAAAAUUGAACAGACUCAUCGGCUCAAGGUUGGUAUUUAUCAUGGACCUGGUCGUGCAAAAAUCGCAAAGGAUUUGACUAAGUUCGAUGUUGUCAUUACCACCUACGGCACGCUCAGCUCUGAGAAUGGCGGAUCAGUCAAAGGCAAGGAUGGCGUCGAAGGAAAAACUGGAUGUUUUGGAGUACACUGGUAUCGCAUUGUUCUCGACGAAGCACAUACGAUCAAAAAUCGCAACGCUAAAUCUACACAGGCAGUUUAUGAGCUGAAUUCGCUGUAUCGGUGGUGCUUAACCGGUACUCCGAUGCAGAACAAUCUGGAUGAGCUUCAGAGUUUAAUCAGAUUUCUACGAAUCAAGCCAUAUGAUGAGCUCGCAGCUUGGAGAGAUCAAAUUACUCGCCCGCUAAACAAUGGCCGUGGCGGCUUAGCUAUUCGUCGUUUGCAGGUCUAUUUAAAAGCAUUCAUGAAGCGACGAACGAAAGACGUCUUGAAGUUAAACGGCGGUCUGGGAGGCAAAUCGUUUGGCGAUAAUAAGGAGAGCAAAGACUCGCCGGGUGGCUUUCGAAUAACGAAGCGAGAUGUCAUCAAAGUUGAGGCUGAUUUUACAGAAGAAGAACGACAGUUCUAUAGUCGCCUUGAAGACAGAACGGAUAAAAGUUUAGAAAACAUGAUUGGCCAUCAGAAACUGAACUAUGCAAGUGCAUUGGUUCUUCUCCUACGACUUCGACAGGCAUGCAACCAUGUGGAGCUUGUAAAGGGCGACCUCGCACAAGAAAAAGAUACGAUAGUGAAUGCAAACCAAGCCAAAAAUUCGCAAGGGGGAGAUAUUGAUGAGAUUGCCAACAUGCUUGGAGGCCUGACCGUCAUGAGCAAGAGAUGCGAUAUCUGUUUGAUUGACUUAACUCCUGAGGAAGCCAAAAGUGGAGCUAUAAGGUGUGCGGAUUGUGAAACCGACUUAAAGAUCCACACUGGCUUAGUGAAGAGCAAACGGGAGAAGAAGCAGAAAAAGAAAAAACAGCCAAAAGAGGAACAGGCGCAGGUGAGCUCGAUACCGCAGCAAAGACGCCGGGGCCAGAGGGGAAGGCCUGUUAUUCUUGAUAGUGACGAUGAGGAAGAGGGCGAGUGGAUUGUCCCUGCUGAUAAACGCACGACAGCUACUCUUGGUACAGCUGGAGGCACUGACGAUGAAGAUGCGGAGGGAGGUGGUGAAUGGAUUGGUUCAGAAGAUUCAGAAACCGAGGAUGACGAAGACGGGGCCGAUGAGGUGUCCAACCAGGAGGAAGAUUCCGGAGUGCGAUACGGCGGCGACUACAGUGUUUUGCGGGACGUGACCUCGUCCACGAAAAUCAGACAUUUGAUGAGAAUCCUCAAACGAGAGGCAGGGCAGUUCAAAUUCAUUGUUUUUUCGGUGUUUACAUCCAUGCUGGAUAAAAUCGAGCCAUUUCUCAAGGCUGCAGAUAUUGGCUAUGCGAGGUAUGAUGGUGGAAUGCGGAAUGAUCAUCGUGAAGCGAGUUUGGAAAAGCUCAGAAAUUCGAGUGGCACGCGGAUACUGUUGUGUAGCUUACGCGCUGGUUCGUUAGGCUUGAACCUCACUGCUGCCAGUAGAGUUGUCAUUCUUGAGCCUUUCUGGAAUCCUUUUGUCGAAGAGCAAGCCAUUGAUCGAGUUCACCGUUUGAAUCAAACGGUCGAUGUGAAGGUGUACAAGAUGACGAUCAAGGAUACAGUGGAAGAACGUAUUCUAGACCUCCAGGAACGCAAACGGGAGCUUGCCAGUGCUACGAUUGAAGGCAAGACGGCAGCCGGAAAACUUACCAUGAACGAUAUGCUUGCGCUGUUCCGGCAUGAUGCAGAGUCAAAGUUUGCAGAAGAUGAGGAUCUGGACUUUUCAGCGGGUAAGGGGAAGCUAUUGGAGUCGAGAGAAUCCACGGAUCACACAUCAAUGGAUUCGGGUCUCAGCCAGGGGAGACGAAGCACACCGCCGGCUAUGGAGCGGGAUCGGAAUAAGAAUAGGAGGCCCGUGCCAGAGAGUUCUAUAUAUGGACGGAGAUGGUAG